CACACACACACAGACACACACACACACACACACACACAUCCAUACAUCCAGUCUCACACAUAUACACACACACUCAGAUAUACAGAGAGACACACUCGGCGCUGCUCUGUGGAAGUUGCAGGACAUCGAGUGGAACAUUCGCUGUGUUUCUGUCACUUUUCCUCCAGCUCGCUGCAGCGCUGCGCGGACCGCGGUGGAUUUACUGCUGCUCUCCUCACCGGUCCUGAACUUUCCUCCGCGCGCAGCAUGAAGCCGCGCAAUGGCGAAGAGGGCUAAAUCCGUGGCGAGGACGCUGGAGGAUCUCACGCUGGACUCGGGCUACGGCGGAGCCGCCGACUCGUUCAGGUCGUCCAACUUGUCCCUGUGCUGCUCGGAGGCGCACGCGCCCCACGCGCACGGCUGCAGCGGCUGCGGCGGCGGAGACUGCUGCUGGCACGUGACUGGCGGCGCGCGCGGCAGCCUGGAGGACGGGACGCUGCGCGGUGCGCUGGCCGCCGCCGACGACUCCUCCGCCGCCGCCGCUGCAGCUGCCGCUGAGACGCUGGAGUGCUGCGGCCACUGCGCGCGGCUUCCCGAGCUCGAGGACGUGCCCUGGAGCCUCGGCGACGUGGAGCGCGCGCUGCAGCGCGACGAGGCGUGGAGGCAUGCGUACCCGAACGCGAAUGUGAGCGCGCCGCCGGCGCUCCUCGCCAGGCUCUCGGUGCUGGUGAGCCGCGCGCUGGCGCGGAUCGCGCGGGAGGCGCGCCGCCUGAGCGCGCGCUACGCCAAGUGCACGCGCUAUGAGGUGCAGAGCGCCGCGCGCAUCGUGCUCUCGUGGACGCUCUCCGCGAGGUGCUCGGCGGCGGCGCUCGGCGCGCUCUCGCUCUACAGCAUGAGCACAGAGGACGGGCACAGCCGCGGCAAGUCCGAGCGCUGCGGGCUCGCGCUCUCCGUGGGCCGCUUCUUCCGCUGGAUGGUGGAGAGCGCCGUGGCCGCGAGGGUCCACGAGCACGCGGCCAUCUACCUGACCGCGUGCGUGGAGAGGCUCUUCUGCGAGGUGUUCAGCCGCGCGCUCAGGGACGUGGGGAAGGACAACGGGGUGCCCGCGUUCACGUUGGAGGCCUUCGAGCAGGCCGUUAACAAUGACUCGGAGUUAUACGGUCUGCUGCUGCCGUACCAGCACCUCGUCUGCGGGAAAAACGCCAACGGAAUCCUGGGUCUGCCCGACUGUUUGAGCCUGCACAGAGAGCAGCAGCGGUCAGGGAAGGCAGGUGAUGGUCAAGCCUACAGUCAAGCUGAGCUACGCACAAUAGAGCAGUGUCUACUGGCCACGCGUGUGGGAAGCAUCGCUGAGCUCAGUGACCUGGUGUCCAGAGCUAUGCAUCACCUGCAGCCGCUGAGCGUAAAGAACCACAGUAACAGCACCCCCGUCCACCAGAAGAGCGGCCUGACGCACUGGGAGCCCGAGGCCCUCUACACUCUCUGCUACUUCAUGCACUGCCCUCAAAUGGAGUGGGAGAACCCCAACAUAGAGCCCUCAAAAAUCACUCUGCACACAGAAAGGCCGUUCAUGGUGCUGCCUCCCCUCAUGGAGUGGAUCCGAGUGGCCGUGGCCCAUGCUGAGCACCGGCGGAGCUUUUCAGUGGACAGUGAUGAUGUCCGGCAGGCGGCCAGACUCUUACUGCCUGGAGUGGACUGUGAACCUCGGCAGCUGAAGACGGAUGAUUGUUUCUGUGUGUCGCGGAAGCUGGACGCUGCCUCCACUGAGGCAAAGUUCCUGCAGGACCUGGGUUUCCGUAUGCUCAACUGUGGCCGCACAGACCUGGUCAAACAGGCCAUCAAUCUGCUGGGACCUGAAGGCAUCAACAGCAAAAGUGAACAGGGUAUGACUCCACUUAUGUAUGCGUGUGCGCGAGGGGACGAGGCCAUGGUUCAGAUGCUGCUAGACGCUGGAGCUGACAUCAACUGUGAGGUGCCCAACACAGUGCACCAGCAUCCCUCAGUCUACCCUGAGACCCGGCAGGCCACGGCGCUCACCUUUGCCGUGCUCCAUCAACACGUCCCCGUGCUGCAGUUGCUGCUGGAUGCGAGAGCGCAUGUAGAGGGCUCUCUGCAGGAUAGGAUGGAGAACUACACAGAGACUCCUCUGCAGUUAGCCACCGCCGCAGGGAACUGUGAGCUGGUCAGUUUGCUGCUGGAGAGAGGAGCCGACCCGCUGGUAGGAACCAUGUAUCGUAAUGGCAUCUCCACGACCCCAACAGGAGAAAUGAACUCCUUUAGCCUGGCGGCAGCACAUGGACACAGGAAUGUGUUUCACCAGCUGCUGGCUCAGUCAGAGAAGGGGAAGGGGGACGUUCUGUCUCUGGAGGAGAUCCUGGCUGAGGGCUCUGACGUGGGACAGAUAGAGGCCUCGCGCACCGGGAAGGCCAAACUCAAAGCCCUAAGAGAGGCUAUGUACCACAGCUCAGAGCACGGAUAUGUGGACAUCACACUGGACAUACGCAGUUUAGGAGUGCCAUGGACGUUGCACACCUGGUUGGAGUCUUUGCGGACGUGUUUCCUGCAGCACAGACGGCCGCUGAUCCAGGGCCUGCUGAAGGAGUUCAGCUGCAUCGAUGAGGAGGAGUACACGGAGGAGCUCAUCACACACGGCCUGCCCCUCAUGUUCCAGAUCCUCCGAGCCAGCAAGAACGAGGUGAUCAGUCAGCAGCUGGCCGUGAUCUUCACACAGUGCUACGGACCCUACCCCAUUCCUAAACUAACAGAGAUCAAGAGGAAGCAGACCUCCAGGCUGGACCCCCACUUCCUGAACAAUAAGGAGAUGUCAGAUGUGACGUUUCUGGUGGAGGGAAAGCCCUUCUACGCUCAUAAAGUUCUGCUCUUCACCGCCUCCAGCAGGUUUAAAUCUCUAUUAGCGAACAGACCUCCAUCAGAGAACACCUGUAUUGAAAUCAGCAAUGUGAAGUAUAAUGUGUUUCUGUUGGUGAUGCAGUAUCUGUACUAUGGUGGAACUGACGCACUACACAUCAGGAACACCGAAGUUAUGGAUCUCUUGUCUGCUGCAAAGUUCUUCCAACUGGAGGCCCUACAGAGACACUGUGAGAUCAUCUGCUCCAAAAACAUCAACACUGAGACCUGCGUGGAGAUCUACAACCAUGCCAAAUUCCUAGAAGCACCGGAACUCUCGUCCUACAUUGAAGGCUAUUUCCUGAAGAACAUGGUGGUGUUGAUUGAAUUGGAGCCAUUCAAACAGCUGCUAUAUGACACUCCCGUGGACAGCACGGGCAACGACGUCCUGCAGGACCUGGAGAAGACUCUGGCCACGCGCAUUCACUCCAUCCACUUGUCCUCUUCCAAAGGAUCCAUCGUUUGAGACUGUCAUGUAGCUGCUUUCAAGCAUCUGAAGUUUGCAGCCUGACCGUAUGCACUUCGUCCAGUGCUAGAGCAGUGCAGGCUAAGUGUGCACUCCAUCCAGUAGCGUAGCAGUAUUUGCUAAGUGCACUUCAUUUAAAAGAGCAGCUCUAAUAGGCUUUUUCAAAGGGAGCAUAAGAAAGCCAUAAAGAAGAGAGUGUCAUCGAUUUCUGCCAUUGUUUAUUUCAGGUAUACUCACAAUGAACAAUGCCUCUGUGACAGAUUAUGGUAGAUACAGUCUAUUUACAAAUGGUGUUGGAUUAUGUUAAAUAUGAAAAGUUGAACUAAGAGCGGUGUGUAGAAAUGUAUUUGUGAUGUAUGAUAGAUUAAAAAAGAGUUUAAGCACUAGUUUUUCUUUCGAAGCGGCAGCUGCAAGAAAGAGGGGCCACAGUGGGCUGCCUGAAAGUGCCACAGAAUUAAACAUAGUGAUGUACUGAUUUAACUUGAUUGAAAUGUUCAGGUGAAUAGAAUAUAUUUCCAAAAUAAUUAAGAAAACAAGAUUAAAAGUAGGAAAUAUGUUAUAAUGUGUUAUGAUGUUGACACUAUGCUUUCAUAGUAACUGAUAAAAGUAAUGGAAUAUUUAUUUCACUAUACCACAAUAGUCAUGCCAACUUAAAAAAGUAAAGUAACUCAUUUUAAAGUGUUUUUAAGUUUGUCCAAUAUGCAGGUAGGACAUGUUAACUCUGACUGUGGUGUUAAUUGGACUUAAAUGUAUAAUAUCCUGCGUCUUGAUGAGCAGUAGUUAGACAGCAGGGCCACUCUAGAACUGUAAAUAUACACUAUAUAAAACAGUUCCCAUUCAUUCUUGGACACAGGUCUGUACAGAUGUACAGAUGCUACAGAUGGAAAUAAAACAUAAACAAAAUGACAACAAGGGGCAACAUUUUUCUUUCUGACCUGCAUCCAACAAUUCUGGGGAGGUCCUGUUGUGAGAAAUAGAUGGAAGGAUGGAUAUAAUUAUCUGCACAUUAAAAUCAAGUAAAUUUAAUACAUCACUUUUUGUUUCAGUCACAGGGACUCAUGGCACCAUGGCAAUAACAAAUGCAGUUUUAACAGGCUGCCCAGCUCUGGUAGAUUCAUUUAUGGCCAAUAGACUAUAUAGCGGCUAUUCUUCAAGAUAAUCUACUGCAGAUGUGUUGUGGCAUGCCUAACUCACAUGCUUGCUUAGACUCAGCCAUACAUUGUGAAAGUGGCACAGAUACUGCCUUUAUCAUCACACACUGUAUAGCAGGAAAAGGGAGAAUAUUAUAUAUGGCCACUUAUGUAAAUACGCAGUGUAAAUCUCCACCUGUAAUUAUAUGUACAUAUAACAGAUGUUCACUUAAGACCCAAUCACAGUGUAUGUGCAAGAGUGUUCUUUAAAUCAGCUAACAGUUGUGAAUGUGCAGAUGCAUGGAACUAUUUUUGUCAUUGAUUUAAAGCUUCUAUAUGUGCACUGAAAAGGUAAUGCAGUAAAUUGGUUUGAUUCAAACAGUUACACCAUCACAUUCAUAAAAUAUACUGAAUAACCAUAGGUUUGUAGGUUAAUUUGGUUGCUUUGCAUUGCCUGUAGAAUGGGAUGAUCUGAGGUCACCAUGCCCAAUGUCAGGAGUCUGCUAGGGCCAUAGUGGAACUGUGACCUUUGAGGUGAGUUGAAGUGGUUUAUGGGAUAAAACUAGGGUAGUCACACUGAGAUAAUACAUCACUUUUACAAGUGAGCUCUGGGCAAGACCAGUGCACUAUAAAUAAUGACAGUUAGAGGGCAAAUACACAAACAUACAUACACAAAUAUAAUUUCACAAGACAAACAUGUAAAUAAAAAAAUGGGAAUUAUUUACAUUGAUUCAAUUAAAUAAAUUGACCCAAUCUAAAGAAGAUCUAAAGAACAUUCCAUGUGAAAGGUGCACUAUAGGUAAAAGCUAUGUUUUCAAUUUCCACUGUUAUAUAGCUACUAUAACGUAGUUUGUACAGAGACCACCGAUUUUUUGACAAGAAUCAGACAAAAUUAAGGAAACUGAGCAAUAAUUGCUUAAUACACAAAAAUAAUGCAAUGUAUUCGACAUUUUAGUUAAAGAGAAACCCUUCAUUAUUUGCAGUGGUGAGUUAAAUAAUUGGCAUGUGUUAUUCAUCUCAGUGCCAAAUGAUGCAAAAUUAAACAGAAUUCAAUGAU